ACACAAAUACAACAAUUAUUGGGCUGCUUUAAGAUGACCAAGCCACCACUAACAAGUCCAAUUUAUCUAGAUUCUUUCAGAAUGCAUGCUGAAUUGCUGACCUUACAUCAGUUAGUAGCUUCCAAAAAUGAGAACAGAUCUAUGGUAAACACUCUACCCGCAGCCAGUGUUUACACCAAACAAACAAAUGCAGAACAAAUCGGUGAUUACACCAAACAAACAAAUACAAGACACAAGCUGCUGUACACACAAACGAAAACGAAUGCAGGACACAAGCUGGUGUUUACACCUAACAAACGAAUGUAAAACAUGUGUCCUGCAUAUAAACAAAUCUGAGUAUCUUUUGGUUGUGGCAUAAUAGCCCAUCUCAAAUCUUUCAAUUUCUAAGAGGUAGCCUAGGAGAGGCUCCAAAAUUCACAUGUAUGCAGCUAUAAGUACAGCAGGACACCAACUUAGACAAUUAAUAUUCAACACUUCUGCAUGACAGAACAUGUAUAAAGGCACCAUCUCCUUCCAAACUCUGAUAAAAACACACAAGGCAACCAUCUCCUAUAUACUCUUGGCCUGUACUCCCUAGUUCUACAUUUAUUAACACUUACCUUACUCAAAAAAGGCAACCAUCUCCAAUAUUUUAGGACCAUAAUGGAGCUGAAAAAACACCUACAACCACAUGCAGUACUCAUACCACUUCCUCUUCAAGGCCAUAUAAAUCCAUUCACACACCUAGCCAUGAAGCUUGCUUCAAAAGGUUUUACCAUCACCUUUGUCAGCACAGAAUCAACUCACCAGCAGAUAGCCACAGCUCAGUCGCUUAAAGAUGAUGACAACCCUUUCUCCCAUGCACAGAAAUCCGGUCUUGACAUUCGUUAUGCCAAAAUUAACGAUGGCUUUCCACUGAGUUUUGACAGGAGGGCCAACGCGAGCCAGUUCAUGGAAGGUCUCACUCAUGUUUUCCAAGCUCAUGUGGAUGACUUCAUUGAAAAUCUAGUCCUCUCGAAGCCAAACCCACCAAUUUCUUGUAUAAUAGCUGACAGUUUCCACGUGUGGGCAUCAAUGAUUGCCAAGAAAUAUAAUCUUGUCAAUGUUUCAUUUUGGACUGAACCAGCAACAGUGCUUACAGUCUUCUAUCACACGGACCUGCUCAAGAGUAAUGGCCACUUCAGGUGUCAUGAUAAGUAUGAAGACACCAUUAGAUACAUACCAGGAGUUCUAGCCAUCAAACCACAAGAUUUACCUUCAUAUUGUCAAGAUGCUGAUGACAGCGCCCGUUAUGUGUUCAAGUGUAUUGAAGAUGCAAAGAAAGCAGACUUUGUCAUUGGUAAUACAGUGCAAGAACUAGAGUCUUCCACCAUCUCAGUUUUACAAAAACAGCAGCCAUUCUAUGCAAUUGGGCCAGUCUUCCCCACAAGCUUCAGCAAGAGAACAAUUUCAACGAGCCUGCUACCAGCAUCAGAUUAUACCAACUGGCUCAAUAGCAAACAAGAUGGUACAGUGUUAUACAUCUCAUUUGGUAGUCUUGCUAAUCUGAGUAAACAGGAUAUUCUGGAAAUUGCACAAGGCAUCCUGAUAAGUAAGGUGAGUUUCAUUUGGGUGCUACGUCACAAUAUCUUGGUUUCUGGAGAAAGAAAUGUUUUGCCUAUUGGAUUUGAGAAAGAAACUGCAGAUAGAGGAUUGGUUGUGCCAUGGUGCUCUCAACUAGGAGUACUAUCACAUCCAGCAGUUGGAGGGUUUUUGACUCAUUGUGGGUGGAAUUCAAUCUUGGAGAGCAUAUGGUGUAAAGUUCCGAUGGUGUGCUUUCCUGUUAUGGCAGAUCAACUUACUAACAGGAAAUUAGUGGUUGAUGAUUGGAGGAUUGGUGUGAAUCUUUGCACUGGAAGAUUAAUCAGGAGGGAUGUAGUAGCGGAGAAUAUUGGAAGGAUAAUGAGUAAAUCAGAUGAAUCUAGGAAAAAUAUAGAGAAAACGAAUAUGGCCUUUCAGAAUGCACUUUCUGAUGAGGGAUCUUCAGAGAAGAAUCUCAACCAAUUCACAGAAGACAUGAAGAACAAGAUUUCUCAGAAAAAUUGAGAUGGCCAGCAAGAGCUUGCUAUCACAUUCGCACUUACCAACUUUGGUUCUACAAAGCCAGAACUUAGCAAGUAAUGUAUUAGUUUUAAAAUAAUUGUUGCGAGGUGAAUAAUGAUAUGACAUACAAGUACUACACCUUAAACUAGUUGGGUCAGCUAUAUGAAUCCUCAAAAUUUAUUCCA